AUGGCGGCGGCAACGGGGCUAGGGAUACCCCAGAACCAAAUACACGGCGCAGCGCCGACCGGAGCCGGGGGAGUUGGCGGCGGCGGUGCAAAUAGCGGAGGCGUCUAUACGCCAGGGUUGGUACCAGGGGGGAUGGGGUUCAUGCCGGCCACAGCAGCAGCAGUGGCGGCGGCGGCGGCGGCGGUUUCCCCUGACCCGGUCUCCGACACGUUGUUACCACUAGCACCGUCGUCAGCGGUGACGGGCGGGGCGGGGGGAAUGGUGGCGCCUGGUGUGGGGCGGGAGGCCGGGGACGGAGGGGCAGCGGGGAUGACGAGAGGCCUGGCGGCGGCGGCUGCUGCCGAAGGCAAGCAGCAAUGGAGGGAGGGGGGUACGGUCGCCGCGAUGAAGUCGAAGGAGCAAGCGGUGCGGCGAAGAGAACGGAAUCGCGUCCUCGCGAGAGAAACUCGUUUGAGGAAGAAGUUUUUCUACGAGUCUCUCCUACAGCGCAUGGCGGCCCUGCGCAAAGACAACCGAAAAUUCAAGACCAUUCUCAGGGAUAGGCUGGGCGAGCGGGCGCAGCAGGUGGUUUUCGAUUGCACUUCAGAGUUGUCCCGACAAGUCACAGUCGGCAGCAUGGAGGACGCCGAGGGGACGGACGGGGGCGUGACGAUGACGAUGGUGAUGACGGACAUGCAAGUUGAUGCAGAAGUCGCCGCUGCGGCGAAGGGCGGGGGGGGUAAGGGUACGGGGUCGAGCAAACGCGGCGGCGGCGCCGGUGGUGGUGGUGGUUGCGCCGGCGCUUCCACGCGGGGUCUUAGCAGGCCCGAUUACCGCCUCGUGAAGAGCAUCGAGAUGGUUAGUGGAUCGAACGUCGAGUGA